CAUGCAUUACUACAAAUAUUAAAGAUAACAUAUAUUAGAUGAUGAGAGCGUUACAACAAAAAACAUAGCAAUUUUGACAAGUACUGGAUACAGAUAAAUAAUGUAGAUAUCGGUGGCAAGUUUUAUGUGUGGCAGAAGUUGUCUGACAAUGGAGCUGAUAGUAACCCAUUCUAACGAAAUACACAGUAAUGCAAAGAAUGCAAUAUGCACCUGUAUUGGAAAACAACUGUCAAAGACUACUGGGUUUCCUUCAUUUACACGCGAUCAACUACAGUGAGAACAUGUAGUUUGAUACUCGACACCCGUGCGUGAAAAGCUGUCUGCUUAACUGAAGGAUUCCCAGCUUAAAGCGUUACCUAUCUCAAGAUCUACGGACUCUGCGUGCCGUACUUAAGGUUCGCACGUCACAGAACUGUUGGUUUGAGAACCUUAAAAUGCUUCUGUACGCCGAAAAUGCUGCGAUCAAAGCUUAUAGCAGAACUGAGACAAGUGGGGAUAUUAUAUCCACAGAGAAAGCUCGGAGCUUGACGUCCAGACAAGCACAACAAAGAGUUCGGGGGUGACAGAAGCUUACGCUGGUAUCGGUAAGUUCAUUGCUAUCAUUAGCAAGCCUUUGGGUAUCAUUGAAAACUUCUCAGACGUAAGUUGAAAGGAUCGGGAACGAUUUUUCCGCUCUUUUCUCCAAACAAACGUAUAUGCAGUAAAGCGUUACGUUGAUGGGUGCACCGAGGACUAAGGAAGAGCCAUCUACACUAAACGUUGUAACAUCUAUACAUAGACUGGAAAUUCUCCCUUCACGCCCAUUUUCUGUGCGCACGAGCUUAAGAGUUCAUUGUCGAGCGGAAGGGAGUUUUUAAAGAAUGGUUGGAUGGAAAGAGUCAUAAAGAUUACAGAUUAUCGCGCACCAUGUCGUAAAGAUGAAGAUACGACAAUCUGUACAAGUAACGUUCUGUCUACAGCACGUCUAAAAUAACAUAUUUAGCGAAUCCAACAGUCAGAUAUUGCUGAUAUCAGGUCAGCACGUAAGGUGGAAACUAAUAAAUCUACCAUUACCGAUGACUUAACUGGGGAAAAUAGAGCGGAAAUUUGUGGAACAGGAAGCAGUCGUUGCCGCAAAGUACCCAAUUGACGUGAGGUUGUUCUUAACGAUGGGCUAAGAUUAGCUGGAAGCGAACUUUUUGAUCUUGUCAGUGGAUAACCCCGGUGUUAUCUCCGGUAGUUAGUGAGAUUGACGGCGUGUCUGUGCAGAUAUAGGGAGACCGGCGGCUCGUGUGACGUCCCAACACCACAGGCUCCAGCCCAAACAACAUGUCGGCGAACAUCCGGGGGAAGACCAUGGCGGUUCUACUCGUCAUACUUGUGGCCGUGGCCUCCGAGUCACGGUUUGCCGACAGACUUCCUGGUUUUCCAGGUCUACAGCAGACACCAGGCCCCUACGGUCACAGGAAGCCCGGCACGACUCCACUGCGGUCCUGGAUACACGAAAGUCGGUGGCGCCCCUGGAAGCCGGCCGGGGUCGUCCAGACCAGCGAAGGGUCUUCGGCAGGCUUCGGGCUGCUGCACGAGUGGUUCCGAAUCGGCUCGAAGAGGUCCGGAGGCGCCUGGGUGGCGGACACGAACAUGGACGAUAUUUCUCCGAAUAUGUUCAGCCUCCACGGAAAAAGAAAUGUCUCCUAACACUUACGUGUGUUAGUCAAACCACCCCUUCCUAUACCUCAUGAUUAUCAUCGGUAUCAGACAUGAACCGCAGGGGAUUUUAUCUAACUGAGUAAAGCUACGUGCCUGGAGCACACAUUGCUCUAAUAUGGCGUUCAUAGGAUAUAAAAUGU